AUUAUGGGUUGGGUAUCAGCCACACUGUCGCAAGCAUCAUUGAAAAAUAAACAUAAAACACAUGGCACAUAGCUCCAAGUUGAGGGAUCUCAUCCUGAACACCCGUGUACCUCUGAUCCUUGAACAGUUCCCGCUGGAAUGGGAGUGCUUUGAUGGUUCGCUGCACGAUUGGUGUGACUGGUUUGAUCAUGAGGCCAGCGACCCGCCGACCUUUGAGCUGAUGUCCUUAGCGGACACCAGGACACCGCAAUGGGAGCGAAAGAGAACGAGAGCCACCCAUCUUAGCAUGCAACAGUUUUUGCGGGAAUAUGGCGUCCUAGAGGAAGAUCACACACACUGGGCGGCUUACCAGUACAAGAGAGCCCACGAAAUUCCUGCCAGUUGCUUAAAGGGCAUCGAUUUCUCCUGCUUCGGCUUUCCGGAGCACGGCAAUGACUUUAGCCUCUGGCUGGGAUCGGAGCAAGCCAACACGCCAUGUCAUUAUGACACCUUUGGCGUCAACAUCGUAGUGCAAGUUUUCGGCUGCAAGUCCUGGCUGCUUUUCCCUCCGGAAACACCUUUACAGAGCACUAGAGUUCCAUACGAGGAGUCCAGUGUGUACUGCCUGGAUAACUUUUAUGCGCCGGAUCCGGAGAAGAUGCAGCACUAUGAAGAACUUGGCCGAGAGGCCUACCAUUGCAAUCUGCAGGCCGGCGAUGUGCUGGUAGUUCCUCGUCACUGGUGGCACUACGUAGAGGCCAUGUCCACAUCGCUGAGUGUUAACUAUUGGGUGCCGCUCAAGGUGGACAUGGAUCUGGCUCUGGACGAGUUCCUGGUCAAACACAUCGUCGAGAGCUUUGUCAAAGGUGAAAACGAUGAGAUGAAGCAGUAUUUGCUCAAUCCCAAUCAACUGAAUGACAUCUCAGACAAACCCAGCGAACUUUUUGCUCAGUUUGAGGCGGCAGUGCAGAAUAUGGAGAGCGGGCAGAGCAAUCGAAAGCUUUGGGAAACCGAUUACAUUAGCCAAAAGAAUUGUGAAAGCCUACUGAUAAGCAUUAGCCACUCUGUGCGUCCCUUGAAGGUGAUGCCCCCAGAGGAGUACAAGCUUCUGUUGCAGAACAACUCCAAAAGGUUCCAGACUGCUAGCACUCCCUUAGAACCAACUCCCAUUAGCUCCACCUGGGAACUCUUAGUGAGCAGCAUGUGUGCUCCGCGGGUGAUUGCCGGAAUGAAGCGGGAGUUCUUCCGAAGACUGCGACAAAGUAACACAACAUAAUUUUAGAGACAGAACUUUGUUUACUGUGAUACGUGAUAAUAUUGUUGCAUAUAUGAGAUUAAAAUCCAAUAAGCCAUCAA